UAACGCGAUUGGUUCUACUCAAGAAACAAAUUCAAGAGUAUUAUCAAUCUGAAGUGAGCCACUUGUAAUCGCGAGUAGCUUCCAAGCUUAUUAAACAAAUUAAAUUGUAAAUAUUCUUUGUCCUACAUGUAAUUAUUAAAUUUGGGAAAUUCGAAGAUAAAACGACAUGUAUAACGUUUAUGUACGACAUAAAACGAUAAAACACGAUAGCCUUUUUUCUACGGCGUUGGCAGGAUAAUGAAAUUCGUAAUGGGCGAAUCUAUAGUAACAACAGUGUUCGUGAUUCAUGUGCAUGGAGCAUAUCGUUGUGACUGAUAUAUUGUGUACCCUAUAUCGGACCAUAGGAUGAAAACUCAAGUUUUCACAAUCUAAAUUCACUAUGCCUCGAGAGACGCUGAGAACGUACCAACAAUCACGUUAACGUGGUAAAAAAAAAACCAGCGAAAAUUCGUGUGUAUUAUUGAGAUCUGACAGAUUCAUCGUCUUCGUGACAGGAGUGCGUGAAUUCUUUUUCCUUUUCUUUCUUUUCCUUCCGUUUCACCUUUGUUCAACCUCCUUAUCUACAUUUUCCUCUCUCUCGUCUUCGCCUUCUUUCCUUUUUUCCACUCUUUAACCCUUAAGUAUUUUAUCCCCUAUUUUCACCUGCCGGGUGAAAAAAAAGAGAGCAUUCUUUACUCUUCUCCAUCCCCCUCUCUCUUUUCUGUCUUUCUCUGAAUCUCUCGUUUUUCUCAACCCCCUCUUCCACGACACAUCGCGUAUAUUUUUCUUUUCUUUUACUUAAAUGUCCACGAUAACAACACAAUUUUCGGCUCUCCUACACAACGUGAACGUGGAUGAGUGAUCGUAUUUUCGUACGAUAGCCGAUCGUCGGCUAUUCCUACCUUGUACAAGAAGUGAAUGCUCUCUACGUUUAACUGGUGUCAAUGUACACACGGUGUAACGUUAUCGUAGCAUCAGGAAGAGAGCAUUUCUAAAAAGAAUCCUCGUCCAGCUAGAAAUUCGACAUGAUGAAGAGCAGUGCUAUGCUUAAGAAAGAAAGCAAAAUGCGCAUACGUGCUUUCCCGACAACUAUGGAUGAAAAGUAUGUAGAAAGUAUUUGGGCUCUACUGAAAAAUGCUAUUCAAGAAAUUCAGAAGAAAAAUAAUUCAGGGCUUAGUUUUGAAGAACUUUAUCGAAAUGCUUAUACUAUGGUUCUUCACAAAUAUGGGGAACGUUUGUAUACAGGUUUAAAGGAAGUUGUAACACAUCAUCUAGAGAAUAAAGUUAGAGAAGAUGUAUUAAGAUCUCUUCACAAUAAUUUUCUUCAAACAUUAAAUCAAGCUUGGAAUGAUCACCAGACAUCUAUGGUGAUGAUCAGAGAUAUUUUAAUGUAUAUGGACAGAGUAUAUGUGCAACAACAUGAUGUGGACAAUGUGUACAAUUUGGGACUUAUCAUAUUUAGAGAUCAGGUGGUCAGAUAUGGAUGUGUUAGAGAUCAUUUACGAGAAACUUUACUAGGUAUGGUAGCAAGAGAAAGAAGGGGAGAAGUUGUAGAUCGUAUUGCAAUAAAAAAUGCCUGUCAAAUGUUAAUGUUACUUGGCAUUAACAGUCGUCAAGUUUAUGAAGAAGAUUUUGAAAGGCCUUUUUUACAACAAAGUGCUGAAUUUUAUAGAAUGGAAUCUCAAAAAUUUUUGGCAGAAAAUAGCGCAUCAGUAUAUAUUAAAAAGGUUGAAGCUAGAAUUUGUGAAGAAUCAGAAAGAGCAAAACAUUAUUUAGAUGAAUCUACUGAACCGCGAAUAGUCGAAGUUGUAGAAGAAGAACUAAUUAAAAUUCAUAUGAAAACUAUUGUUGAGAUGGAAAAUAGUGGUGUAGUACACAUGCUCAAAAAUCAGAAAACCGAAGAUCUCGGUUGCAUGUACAAAUUAUUUUCAAGAGUUUUGGAUGGUUUGCGUACAGUGUGCGAUUGUGUCUCUCAAUUUCUUAAAGAACAAGGGCGUGCCAUGGUUCAAGAAGAACAUGAAUCGACAACGAAUGCCGUUCUUUUCAUUCAGAAUUUGCUGGAUUUAAAAGACCGUUUUGAUCAUUUUCUUCAUUAUUCGUUUAACAAUGAUAAGAACUAUAAACAAAUGAUAGCGUCUGACUUUGAAUAUUUUCUUAAUUUAAAUACAAAGAGUCCAGAAUAUCUUUCACUUUUCAUUGAUGACAAGCUGAAAAAAGGUGUUAAAGGGAUGACAGAACAGGAAAUUGAAGGUAUCUUGGAUAAAACUAUGGUUUUAUUUAGAUUUCUUCAGGAAAAAGAUGUAUUUGAGCGAUAUUAUAAACAGCAUUUAGCUAAACGCCUUCUCUUAAAUAAAUCUGUGUCUGACGACAGCGAAAAAAACAUGAUAUCCAAACUUAAGACUGAAUGUGGGUGUCAAUUCACAUCAAAAUUGGAAGGAAUGUUUAAAGAUAUAACAGUCAGUAACACUAUUAUGGAUGAAUUUAAAGAUCACGUCCUUACAUCUAAUACAAAUUUACAUGGAGUGGAUAUAAGUGUAAGAGUUUUAACAACAGGCUUUUGGCCGACACAAUCCGCCACUCCAAAGUGUAGCAUGCCAGCUGCCCCAAGAGAUGCUUUUGAUGCUUUCCGACGUUUUUAUCUUGCUAAACACAGUGGUCGACAGUUGACGUUGCAACCACAACUAGGUUCUGCGGACUUGAAUGCUGUAUUUCACGGACCACGAAGGGAAGAAAGUAGUUGCGGUGGUUUAGAUACACCAUCAUCUUCAAGUUCUAUUGGUAAUGGAAGUGGUAGUUUGUAUGGUAGUGGAAUAUCCACUAAUGGUAGUAUUUUAAGCCAACGUAGUAGCAGUUGUGGAAACACGAGGAAACACAUAAUCCAAGUAUCAACUUAUCAAAUGUGUGUCUUAAUGCUCUUCAACAAAAGAGAAAAAUUGACAUAUGAGGAAAUUCAAGGUGAAACCGAUAUUCCAGAGAGAGACUUGGUUAGAGCAUUACAAUCUCUCGCGAUGGGUAAAGCUACGCAAAGAGUGUUAUUAAAACAUCCUCGUACAAAGGAAAUAGAACCAUCGCACUAUUUUUGUGUCAAUGACAGUUUUACCAGUAAAUUACACAGAGUGAAGAUUCAAACAGUAGCUGCCAAAGGCGAAUCAGAACCUGAAAGAAGAGAAACUCGUAACAAAGUAGAUGAAGAUAGAAAGCACGAGAUAGAAGCAGCUAUCGUUCGUAUUAUGAAAGACAGGAAGCGUAUGCCUCAUAAUAUACUUGUAACAGAAGUAACAGAACAAUUAAGAGGUCGAUUUUUGCCGUCGCCUGUAAUAAUUAAAAAACGUAUUGAAGGUUUAAUCGAACGUGAAUAUUUGGCACGCACGCCAGAAGAUAGAAAGGUGUAUACAUACGUUGCUUAAUGUUCGAAUUUAAAUGUUGGAUCUGUACAAACAUUAUGCCAAAAGUGGAAUCUACGAAUUUGUAACAGAUGCGGAGUUUACUAAUGGAAUUAAAAAAUGAGUGAGCGCACGAGCUUAUAUAAAAGACGAAGAAGUUAAUAAAGGAAUGAAAAAAAAGAUUAUGAUUAAAAACUGUAUUACCAUGAGCUCGUGUGUGGGCAAAUGAAAAACAUGUGAAAUGCAUCAUAUUUUUAUUUUCAUUUAUAUCUUUAUUUAUUAAUAUAGAGUUUUAAUAUUUAAACAAAAGGUUUUACCUUUUCUUACGCAAACUGAAUAAAAAAUAAAACCCUGUAAAAGCAUUCCUUAGUUUUAACACAUUUUAAAUACAAGAAUAUCAUAUUAA